AUGCCGCCUAAAGCCGACUGGGACAAGUACGUGGCGCCACAAGACGACGAAAAAGACGACAAGGUGGUGCCGCUCAGUGAGGGCGACAUCCAGGUGCUAAAAACAUACGGGGCCGCGCCGUACGCCGCGCCCUUGAAACAGCUCGAAAGCGACUUGAAAAGCAUCGAGGAGCGCAUCAAGGAAAACAUCGGCAUCAAGGAGUCCGACACCGGGUUGGCGGCGCCUCACUUGUGGGACGUGAUGGGCGACAAGCAGAAAAUGUCGCUGGAGCAGCCGUUGCAGGUCGCGCGGUGCACAAAAAUCAUCGAGGCCACGGCGCCGCCGCCCACGUUGGACUUCUUGGCCAACGCGGACAACAAGCAGAAGUACGUCAUCAACAUCAAGCAGAUCGCCAAGUUCGUGGUGGGCUUGGGCGAGCGCGUGUCGCCCACGGACAUCGAGGAGGGCAUGCGCGUGGGCGUGGACCGCCACAAGUACGAGAUCCAGUUGCCCUUGCCGCCGCGCAUCGACCCCUCCGUGACCAUGAUGACCGUGGAGGAGAAGCCGGACGUGACCUACGGCGACGUGGGCGGCUGCAAGGAGCAGAUCGAGAAGUUGCGCGAGGUGGUGGAGCUCCCGCUCCUCUCGCCGGAGCGCUUCGUCAAGUUGGGCAUCGACCCGCCCAAGGGCAUCUUGCUCUACGGGCCGCCCGGCACGGGCAAGACCUUGUGUGCGCGCGCGGUGGCCAACCGCACGGACGCCACGUUCAUCCGCGUCAUCGGCUCCGAGUUGGUGCAGAAGUACGUGGGCGAGGGGGCGCGCAUGGUGCGCGAGUUGUUCGAGAUGGCCCGCACCAAGAAGGCCUGCAUCAUCUUCUUCGACGAGGUCGACGCCAUCGGCGGCGCGCGCUUCGACGACGGGGCCGGCGGCGACAACGAGGUGCAGCGCACCAUGUUGGAGUUGAUCACCCAGUUGGACGGCUUCGACCCGCGGGGCAACAUCAAGGUCAUGUUCGCCACCAACAGGCCCAACACCUUGGACCCGGCCUUGUUGCGCCCGGGCAGAAUCGACCGCAAGGUCGAGUUCUCCUUGCCCGACUUGGAGGGCCGCGCCAACAUCUUCCGCAUCCACGCCAAGACCAUGAGUUGCGAGAAGGGCAUCCGCUGGGAGUUGAUUUCCAGGUUGUGUCCGAACGCCACCGGCGCGGAGUUGCGCUCCGUGUGCACGGAGGCCGGCAUGUUCGCCAUUCGUGCCCGCAGGAAGGUCGCCAACGAAAAGGACUUCUUACAGGCCGUCGAGAAGGUCAUCAAGGGCAACAUGAAGUUCAGCUCCACCUCCCAGUACAUGCAAUACAACUAG